AUGGCACUGAUAUCUUCACCAUCAAUUUUCAAAUUGAGUCAAUUUAUUGAAAAAUGUAGUGAUGGGAAAACUAAUUGUAAGCACAAAUGUCACAACAGUUGUUUUUCAGAGGUGAAAAAGUAUAAGUGUCCGCACAUUAAUUGUAGUGCGACCGUACAGAGCAAAACGAAAUAUAUAGAACAUUUCCAAACGCACGAUAAACCAUUUCAUUAUCAAUGCAAGCAUCCCGGUUGUGGGAAAGAAUUCCGCAUUUCAUCAACAUUUUCCAAUCACAAGAAAUCCUGCCAAUACAAACCUCAGAAUUCAGCGGAAGGAAAUUCGAAGUUGGGACGUACUUUGGCAGACACACGAAACCAUCACAUUGCCUGUCAAAGUUCAGUCAAUCAACAAGAUCGCUCGAAUGAUGAGUAUCUCUCAGAAAAAUUUAACAUCUUGGAUGACCUCGAUGGUAGCAUCUUCGACGAUCUUAACAUCCCCGACGAUGUUGUUGUUGACGUCGAAGAUAUUAAUAUCGACGAUGGUAACAUCUUCGACGGUGUUGUUAUUAAUGAAUGAAUGUUGAUAUCGAAGAUAUUAACAUGGAAAACAUUAACACCGACAACCCCGAUGAUAAUAUCUUCUAAUGUUAGCAUCCCCGACGAUGCCAACUUCCUCGAG